AUGGCUUCCAGACCCAUGGGCUUCAACUCGCAGACGCCGCGACCCUUUGCCGGGCGCUCCCUUGCCGGCCAGGACCAGCGACAACGUCAGCCGCCACCACCGCCGCAAGUAUCGUCCAACGAGGACUACGCUGGCAUUCCCGACGAGGAUCGCGAACACAUUGACGAAGUGAAGCAAAAUCAUCCCAAAUACAAGAACAUUGUACUCACACCCACACGCAACUCACAGUUUGACCUAAUGGACAUGAAGAAGAAGGGUUACCUCAACAGCUACGAAUUCCGCCACUCCCUUGCCGCGCUGGGCUUCGACCUCUCCAAGCCCGAGUACUUUCGCGAGCUCGAAGCCUUUGGCACCGUGCCGCCCGACUGGCAGGACCGGGACUGCCCCGUCAACCGCCUGCACCUCUACCUCGAUCAGUUCCGCCUCUGCGCCUCCAAGCUCAUCGCCCGCCGCGAUCCACGCGAGGAGGCCGCCAAAGUAUUUGCCAUGUUCGACUAUGAUCAGGACGGCAUCAUCUCGGUCGACGACAUGCGCCACCUUGCCCAGGACAUCAAGGAGGACCGCAACAUGACCGAGGAAGAGAUUCACAGCAUGAUUGAUCAUCUCGACCACGAGGGCAAGGGCGGCGUCAGCCUUGACGAAUUCAUGCAGAUGAUGGAGGAAGCUGGCUAA